AUUGAAACCCUUGGCGUUGGGGGCUCUUUGGCUCGCUCUCCCUCUUUUCCCUCUUUCCCUCUUCAAGCUGUCGACCCGAAACUUAAAUUUCUCACUUUUACUGAGGCAAGCUACAGUAACGGACUGACUUACGCUUUCACGGUUCGAUUUUCUUCAUCAACUUUGAAAUGAAGGUACUCGGUGAGUUCUAGAAGCAGAAACGUGCAUUAAGAACUUGGUGCCAUGGUUUAUAUAGUUUUUUGGUGGAGGUGAAGGUGAAUGAGUUUACUAAUAAAAAGGCCACAAAGAUUGCAGUUCUGAUGACUACUUAACUUCUUCUUAUGUCAAGCAUGAUGUCAUCUAUGGGGGACAUAUAUAAUCUGAGAACAGAAGUUCCCAGCAGCAACCUUCGUAAGGCAGGUGUUUCUAGUUCAAAGCCCCUUGCAGGUGCAAUUUCAAAGGCGAAAUCAGAGGAAGCUGUGCAACACUUGGCAUCUAUUGAUCUCAAUCAGUUGUGCAAAGAAGCAAAAAUUGAACGCUGCCGAGCAACUAGGGACUUGAGAAGCUGUGGGCGUUAUGUGCAUUAUGUGUUGAAUUCUUGUGGACAUGCUUCUUUGUGUACAGAGUGUGGUCAGCGAUGUGAUACUUGCCCAAUUUGUAGAAUUCCAAUACAGAAGAAUGAAAAUACAUUUAGACUUCGCCUUUACUAUGAGUGCAUAGAUGGUGGUCUCAUUUCUAAAAAAUGUGAUGAGAGAUUUCAAGAUAUAGAAGAUGGGGAGGAUCAGUUGACUGCCGAUGUUGAACGUCUUUAUUCUUUGUUCGAUGUAGCACUGGAAAAUAACUUGAUUUCUUUGAUUUGCCACUAUGUUACAGAUGUUUGUAUGGACGAGACUGCUGUUUCUAGCGAUCCAGUCAUUGCCUUCUUGUUGGAUGAAGUGGUUAUAAAAGAUUGGAUCAAGCGAACAUUCAAGAACAUCCUAACCGAACUUGGAGGGAUAUAUAAUCUUGAGGCAGAAGGGAUGAAAGCUAAGAUGAGUUUACUUCUAAAGUAUUCAAUGCAGCUGGCUGGCAUUUCUAGUGUGCUUGAAGUUUUGGAAUCUUCUUUUAAGGGUACUCUGUCAGCACAGCUUCAAGACUUGCACCAACUUCAAGAGAACAUAUUAAAGACCAAGCAGCAUGUGGAGGUUAUGAUUUGGGGCAUAAGACACCAAUUUCUAGAGAAUGUGAUAUCUCAUUAUACUGAUUUUGCAUCAUGGAAUUAUCUCGUUCGUGAAAGGAAAUCAGCUGCAAUUAGACGUGCAUGGCCUGAUGUUGUAAAUCACUCUGCAGAGUCUAGAGGACAGGACGGGUCCCUCUUUAUUGAAGAUGCACUAACAAAUCUUGAUAUAGAGCAGUCACACACUCCCGAAGAAUCAGAACUGGCAUCUUUGCAGAAGUAUGAGAACUCAUCAUUCUUUAGGUCCAAGAUAGAAGGAGUUGCAGGAUGUUAUCCAUUUGAAAAUAUUAGAGCUGCUAUUGACAUACUCUUUUUACAUGGUGGUUCAGACUUGGUGGUAGCAAAGCAAGCUAUUUUUCUCUAUUACAUGUUUGACCGACAUUGGACAGUGCCUGAUGAACAUUGGAGGCACAUCAUUGAUGAUUUUGCAGCAAUCUUUGACAUACCCCGGCAUUUGUUACUAGAAUCUUUUAUAUUUUAUCUCUUAGAUGACCACACAAAUGAGGCACUUAAGGAAGCUUGUCACCUUCUUCCAGAGAUUUGUGGCCCGACGACUCAUCCUAAGAUUGCACGAGUUUUAUUAGAAAGGCAAAACCCUGAGACAGCUCUUAUGGUCUUACGUUGGUCUGGUUGUGAUGGUGGAUCACGGUUGGUUUCACUCAGUGAAGCUGUCACUGCCGUUCGUGUUAGGGUGUCGUGUGCUCUUGUGAUGGAAGCAUUUACUUAUCAACGGAUGCUCUGCACAAAAAUUAAGGAAAAGAAGUUUGAAAGGAAGUUGAACUAUGCUACAAGGAGAGGUGUUUCUGAUGAUCCUGAAGAUGAAUGCAAAAGUUGGGUGGACUGGAUGGAAACUUUGGUCACUGAAUUUUGUUGCCUUUGUAUAUGGAGGAAUUGGAUCGAUCAGAUCAUAGAGUUACCAUGGAAUUCUGAUGAGGAGAAAUAUCUUCAUAAGUGCCUGUUAGAUUCUGCAAGUGAUGAUCCUUUAUCAAGUAAAGGAAGUCUUCUAGUAGUAUUUUAUCUUCAGCGCUACCGUUAUGAUAAAUGCAUGGAGUUGCUGCCUGCAGUGCAGCAGCAACAGUUAAAGACUGGACAACUAUCUGAGAAUGCAGAAGCUGAAAUGGCUGCGAAAUCCAAAAUUCCCAGUGCAGGAGAGCCAAAUAUAACCAUUCUGUCAGGUCCUUCAUCUGCUGAUUCUUCUCUUCUUCUGCGGGAGGACCAUGAUAUUGCUGCCCCUAACCCAUCGGUUUUUGAAACUCCAACAAAGCUCCGUUGGCCAAUUAACAACCCUUCCUUUGGCAUUGGUAACGCCAUCUCAUCUAUUCGCCAAGAAGGGAUUUUUUCAAAUGCAGAAAGGGGACAGAAGAGUGAAAUUAGUGUCAGCAGAACUUUAAGUGACAUCUCUAUCCCUGGACUUCAUUGCAAUAAUCCUACUAAUGUAACCCCAUUCAAAGAAAUCAAUAGAAGUUCCUCAAGAGCACUUCCUCGAACUCACCUAAUGAACACACGUCAUAAUAAAAUCUCACUGGAAGCAGAACCAAAUAGAUUCAGUGAUGAAUUCCGAAAUGCCAAUUCUCCUUCCCGGAGAGGGACUGCCAAUCCGGUAACCGCAACUAAUGGGAACAGUCCUUUGGACAAAAUUUCUGUCCAAAACAUGCUGUUUAGUACGUCUGGUAAAAGAGUCCAAUCAGAAAGAGAUGAUGGAUCUGCAAACAUGGUUUUUUCAAAUGAUGCAAUGGACAUCUCUUGGAGCUUCAAAGAGGAGGCUUCCCCUGUUAAGGACGCAAAUAUGGAUGGUGGGCUCAGAUGGAGGUCGGAUGAAACCAGUGAUGAGGAGCAGCAGAGUCCAGCCAGAGAAAUGGCGAACCCAUUGCAAGCAACUCCAGUGACGGGAAGAAGAAGACGUAGAUUUGCGAAAAGAUGAGGCAGUUGCCUGUGUUGUAACCUAAACUGUCCAUGAUCUUAUGUAGUAGUCCCUUUCGGUGGACUCUGAAGAGUCAAAUCAUACGGUAAUCACUCCAGUGACAGAUUGGUGCUUUUUGCAG